ACGUCCAGGGCCAGACGCCCAGACCCUCACGGGCGCGCCAUUGCCCAUCGAUCGGCACGGGCAUCCAGCAGCAGCAGCGCUAAUGCGCUAGCUGGCCGUCGUUGCUCCGCUUGCUUCUUCGAUCGGCGCGCGUCACGGCCUCACUCACGUGCCUGCCUCCUCUGCCCGCGCGGCGCCUCCGUGCUAUAUAGCCACGCCGUCGGCCUCGCUUUUACAUUCAUUCCCGCUUCCAGGCUCAUCGGUGUAAGUUCUAGCAAGCAGGGGAAGCAAGCUUCGAGCAAGCAAAAAUGACGGAGAGCUGGUUCCCGAUACGCGCCGCCGCUGCCCUGUCGGUGGCGGUGCUGCUGCUCGCGGGCGUCGCGGCGGCAUCGGCAUCAGCGGCGACGCUGGAGGUGUCUCUGGUGAAGAACAGCAACAACGACGCCGCGCCAUCGUCGUCAUGGACGAGCUUCAUCGCGGCCCAGACCUCCCGGGACACGUCGCGAGUCCUGUACCUCAGCUCACUAGCCUCUGGCUUCGGCGGCGCCCCGCUCGCGUCGGGGCGGCAGCUGCUGCACACCCCGACAUACCUGGUCCGCGCAUCGCUCGGCACCCCGCCGCAGCGCCUCUUGCUCGCCGUCGACACCAGCAACGACGCCGCCUGGGUGCCCUGCGCCGGCUGCCACGGCUGCCCCACCACAGCUCCCUCCUUCAACCCAGCAUCCUCCGCCACGUUCCGCCCCGUCCCCUGCGGUGCCCCGCCCUGCUCCCAAGCUCCAAACCCCUCCUGCACUUCACUCGCCAAGUCAAAGAAUUCCUGCGGGUUCAGCCUUUCCUACGGUGAUUCCUCCCUCGACGCCACGCUAUCCCAGGACAAUCUCGCCGUAACCGCAAACGGAGGAGUUAUCAAGGGGUACACGUUCGGGUGCCUGACGAAGUCCAACGGCAGCGCGGCGCCGGCGCAGGGGCUGCUGGGGCUGGGCCGAGGCCCGCUAGGCUUCGUGGCCCAGACAAAGGGGAUCUACGAGGGGACCUUCUCCUACUGCCUCCCGAGCUACUAUAGGUCCGCCGCCAACUUCUCCGGCUCCCUCACCCUCGGCCGCAAGGGCCAGCCGGCGCCGGAGAAGAUGAAGACGACGCCGCUGCUCGCCAGUCCGCACCGCCCGUCGCUGUACUACGUGGCCAUGACGGGCGUCCGCAUCGGGAAGAAGAGCGUCCCGAUCCCGCCGUCCGCGCUGGCGUUCGACGCGGCCACGGGCGCCGGCACCGUGCUCGACUCCGGCACCAUGUUCGCCCGCCUCGCCCAGCCCGCCUACGCCGCCGUGCGCGACGAGGUCCGCCGCCGCGUCGCCGGUAGCCUCCGCCGCCGCGGCGGCGGCGGGGCCUCGGUCUCCGUGUCCUCGCUCGGCGGGUUCGACACCUGCUACAACGUCUCCACGGUGGCGUGGCCGGCCGUGACGCUCGUGUUCGGCGGCGGGAUGGAGGUGAGGCUGCCGGAGGAGAACGUGGUGAUCCGGAGCACGUACGGGUCGACGAGCUGCCUGGCCAUGGCGGCGUCCCCGGCCGACGGGGUCAACGCGGCGCUCAACGUCAUCGGGAGCCUGCAGCAGCAGAACCACCGCGUGCUCUUCGACGUGCCCAACGCUCGUGUCGGAUUCGCCCGCGAGCGCUGCACCGCCGCCUUCGCCUGAGAGUGAGUGAGAGAUCGAUCGACUUAAUUGUCUGGACUGUGCGUGUGGGCUUAAACUUUGAUUAAUUCUUCAUUGGUGAACUGGGAGCCCUCCAUUGUCACCGAGGAGGUCACGAAGGCCUUUGUUGACGAGGAAUUCGUCCGUAACAAUUCCGCCGAAACCGUGGACGCACCCAAAUGUGGCUGUAAUUUUUCUCUAAUUCUUGAUGUUUUUAUCAGCACUACUUUGCUUCUCUGCUGGAUCAUUCUGUCAUGAAGAAGCUCUGGAAGACUAAGUGCAUGAUGAAACAUAAAGUGUUUAUUUGGUUGCUUGCUU